CCGCACGACAUGCACCUCUCUAUGCAGUCCGGAAGAUGUUUCUUCAAACUCCUCUCUCUUCCUCCUUCUCCCUCUCCCUCUCACUUUUCCCUGCGGGAUAACGAUUAGGCGCAUACCGAAUACAUCGAUCCCGAUUUCUGGAACGGGGUCACCACGUAGGGGGCAACGAUCCAGCAGCGCCUGCACUGAGGAAAACAGAUUCGCACGCGAACGCGAGCUGGCAAUCUCGGUCUGACGAUCGGCGAUCCGCGCGCACGUCGUCUGUCGCUGUUGUGUUUACUGUCAUCAGCGAAUGCAAAUGCGGAGAUCCGUUUCGUGUCAUUGUCGGUAAAGUCUAUUGAGUCACGACGCCUCUCGUCGUUUCGCGUGGACGCGUCCGCGCCCGCCAUCCUCGCCGUUUUCUCGUGUCGCCGCCUCUCAUUCUCUCCUUCACGCUGUCGCGCGAUCGAGAAUGACGAGCCACACUGUUCGUCCUCGCUGGCGGCAGUGCAUCGUUUUCGUAAACGUUGACGACGCGAAGUGAACUCGUCGUCGCAAUUGCCGUGCUCGCACGGAGUGCCCAUUGACGAAUUUAGGCCAGUCCAAACAAAAAGAUGGAUGCGACGAUAGAAAGAGAGUGCAGCGCGUUGGGCGGUUUAUUUCAGCAGAUCGUCACUGACAUGAAGAACGGAGCACCACUUUGGGAAGAUUUGAUUUCAAAAGCUACAAAGUUACAUGCAAGUCUGAGAGCUGCUAUCUUGGCUAUUUCUGCAUAUCUUGAGGCUUUUCAGAAAAUAGCGGAUGCUGCAACCAGUGCCAGAGGUGCAACAAAGGAAAUCGGUACAGCAUUGACACGAAUAUGUUUGAGACAUAAAGCAGUAGAAACUCGUAUGAAGUCAUUUACUAGCGCUAUUAUGGAUUGUUUGGUACUGCCUUUACAAGAGAAAUUGGAAGAUUGGAAAAAGUCUUUGAUCAAUUUAGACAAAGAACAUGCCAAAGAAUUCAAAAAGGCAAGGACAGAAUUAAAGAAACGUUCCACUGAUACUUUGCGUCUGCAAAAGAAGAAAGCGCGAAAGGGUCAAGUUCAUUUACACGUUCAAGGACAGCCUCAAAGUCAUAGUUGUUCCAGCGAUGUCGAGCUCAAUAGGAUGCUGGAGUCAUCAGCAGCGGUCGUUCAGGAGAAAAGACUGAGUUUAGAGGAAACGGAACGGAAAGCCGUCCGCGCAGCCCUCCUCGAGGAGAGAGGCAGAUUCUGUCUGCUCGCCCGAUUCCUAAAACCCGUUCUCGAUGAGGAGAUAGCGAUGUUAAUGGAAUUGACGCAUCUGCAAGAGGUCUCCGAUCAAUUGCAAAGACACGCCGCGUCGCCCCAUCAUUUACCGCCUGCAUCCGAGCAGGUAAUAACGGACAUAAAAGGUUGCGACGUUACUCAAUGGUCGUUGGCUACGCCGCCGUCGAGUCCAUCAUUGUCUCUCGGAUCGAGGAAGAGUUCUAUGUGUUCGAUCAGUUCUCUAACUAGUAGCAGUAGUGGAUCUUGUAAAAGCCAUCCGAGCCCGUCCGGACAUCCGUGGCACCGAUCGCUUUCUCAGCCAAUCGGUGUCAGACCCGCCAGCAUCAGCGGCAUCGCGACGCUACGCCACUUGACGAGUGGCAGUUCCCGUGACUCCGGCUUUACAUCUCAGGACACAUUGUACAAUCAACCGAUUUCCGAACAUCAGGUAUCAAAUGUGUCUUCUCUAAGUAAUCAAAGUACCGGUUGCACUGUAACGAGAGCCGUGACAACCUCAACUUGGCCUGAUUUGCAGGAAACGUCCGUUCAGUACGAUCGGCAAAAUCCAGGCGCGGUGAACGAACGGCCGCAUACUAUUUCCUCCGCGUACGAAAAGGGACACCAGAGACCGGCGCUCAGCGUUUACACAUUCCAAGCUCCGGAACGCGAUGGCAGUAGUUGCUGUCACAGCCAGCCCGCCUCACCGGUCUCCUCUUCCUCGUCAUGUUCUUCCUCGAACCAGCUGUCUAGGGUACAACUCCGUAGGAAUAACGGCGGCAAUCGUCCGCCUAUACCGAACAGAUGUUCCAGCCUGGAACGACCGACGAUCCCGGUGAAGAACGAGCCGCCCGGGAGCCCGCGGAGCAAGCCCAAGUUACCUCUUCCAGCUCACUUGGCGAAAGAGCUGGCGACUCAUCAGCUCCAGCAGCCGAUGUACGUAAAUAUGCACGAGCUGGCGAAUCUGGCCGCCAGCCGUGCUCAAGAAAUGCAGUUACCUCUGCCGCCCCCUCCUGCGUCGUUGGCGGCACCGGGAACCGACAAGACUGAAGUUCCGGAAAAAGACGCCGGCAGUCAGACGUCUGAGUCCAGCUUGGAGUCUAGCAGCGGAUACGGAAGCCAGAACACCUUACCGCAUUCUCACUCGCUUCACAAUCAAAACGAGAACACUUGGAAUGUACCUGGUGCCGCGGCCACGUUAAUGUCACGCAGAGGAUCGACGCAGACGAUCAGACCUCCGCCGCCGACGAGACGCACGUCCACCAUCAUCAUCGCACCCCCCACGUCCGUGACCGAAGGCGAAAACGUUUGCGACGAAACGGAGAACCUUCCUCCGCCGCCUCCGUUCCUUCUGGAAGGUUCCUCGCCUACAGCCAGUCCUAAGUCUCAAAGAUCCAUCUCGGUUUCCGAGACAGUGAGGACUCUGACUGAACUCCGUCAUACUCCAGCCAGUCCAUCGCUCUUGCGAAAGGCCACCGGACAACAGCAGGCGCACAAUAAUCCCUCGAGCAUCAUCCAGCAUAACGCCGUAUUGCAAAUAACUCGUGCGUCGGUGGAACGUUCCUGUUCGGCCAUCCGUUCGGCGUCCCAAGAACGCGGAACCGUCGACGCACAAACGGUCAGUGCAGCCGGUGGAAGUACCAGCGGCCAGGCUGUCGGUCAAACUGCGGUCCAAGGACAGGGACCGGGUGGCGUGGGCCAGGGCUUCAUGGCAGUGCUCAACGCCAAACUCAUCGGCACGAUAGGCAGCAGCACCGCGGCGGGCGCGAACGCGAGCGGCAGUCCAAAAUCUCUCAGGAAGCAAUCAAUCUCGGAGCAGCAGCUUCAGCAGCAGCAGCAGCAGCAGCAACAACAGCAGUCUAAGAACGUGAAAACAGCAGCUCCGGGCUUCCUCGAGACGCUGAACGCCAAACUGGCGCAGCAGCAGCAGGCUUUACAGCAGGCGGGCACGAGCAGAUCAGCGAGCGUCAGACGCAUCAUGGGCAAUCGCGUGCCCAUUAUGGAUCCCGUACAAGUGCGAGACUCCCUCAUGGAUCAGAUCAGGCGGGGCACAUCGCUGAAGAAGACGAGCGGUCCAAUCAACGAUCGUUCGGCGCCCAAAAUCUACUGAGUAGUCCAGCAGCGAUCUUCGCGUAAGUCCACAAUAAAUCCGCGUUGCUCCACGAAUUCUACGUGCAACGUUGUCCUUUUUUCUCGAUCGUGUGAGACGCGAUAAAAAACCCGUUGAAUUAAGAAAAAAAAAUAUCUUCCGAUUCCUCGUCUCGAUAUUACCGGUAAAGUUUCUACAAUUAUGCGCAAGUGGGUUUCGUGUUAUACGCGCGAAUUUAUCAGCCGUUACGUUUAUUGCGCCGCUGUUAAUCCGCUGAGAUCCUCCUGUUACACGCAGGCUCCAUAUUAAAUCGAUAUAUGAUUUAUUGUAUAAUAACACACAUGUAUCGAAACAUUUGCGCCGCAUUGAGUAAGAAUUGAUUGGGAGUAGUUUUAUGUAGGUUUACGGCGUUAUAUAUAAGAUUAUAUUGUAGCGAUAGUAUUCUCGAAAAAAAAUGCAGCAUAGGAAGAUUUUUAUAUUGUAUUAAUAUUUACGAAAGAAAACUGAUUUGAUUAGGGAAUUGUCUCGUAAGAUCCAUAUCGAUACAACGACAAUACUUCAGUACAACUUGUGUCUUAUAGUUCUCUAUUUUUUCUGCUUAAACACAGCUUGACACAGCUUGAACGAUUCUCUUAUUGCUCUAUUAUCGCCAUUGCCUUAGUCCGUAAUCGAAUAUACACGAUGGAUCUGAUGCGAUUUUUCCGCAAAAGUCAUACAUAAUUUAAUAUCGAGCUUGUGUAACUCAAGACACAUAUCCGUUACAAAUAUCUCUUACGUGUGUUUGUUUUUGCUUUUCAUUUUUAUACGAUAGGAGAGAAAGAGAGAAAAGAGAGAGAGAGAGAGAGAGAGAGAGAGAGAGAGAGAGAGAGAGAGAGAGAGAGAGAGAGAGAGAGAAAGAGAGAGAGAAGCGCGAGUCUAUUUUGCUAGUUUCUACGCUUUACGAUUCCACGUUGCGCGCGUUUAACUUGACGAGAUGGUCGUUUUUCCAGUAGUGUAUUUUUCGCCGUUCGAGAUUCGUAUCCCCGAUUACGAAUCGGUGUGGUACAUAUACUAAUAGCACAUAUACUAUGCGACAUCUCUUUCAAUGUCGGUAAAUGUUAAUAAGCGUAUGUGUCGCGCGCCUUCGCGAAGAUGAUAAUAUAUUUCACGGUCGCCAUCGCUUGCAAGCUGCUACAUUCACUGCUAUGUUACUUGGCGAAUUUACGAGAAAAAUGUCCCUCGGUCAGGCGAAUGCACUGAAACGUUCUCGAGUAUUUAAACGUCUCGCAUUGUUAGAGUAUUCUUCUUUUUUUUUUUUUUUUUAAAUAUAUACAUAUAUCUUUAUACGCAUUCUUUACGUUUUACUCGUCGUUGUAUUGUUGCCAACGCAUCUUCACCGCCAAUGUACACUGCCUAACUCUUAUUUGGGCACGCAGUCGGAAGCAUACGUCUAAUCAUCUAGCGCGAGAUGACGACGAAUAUCGAUUAUUACUGCCAAUUACAUUCAUCCUUUCAUUCCUCACGUAAUUAAGUUUUUAAUGGUAUUGUAGCAAAUCGGCGCGAUGAAUAGUGUAUAGUGAGCAAUAGUAUAUAUAUGUUUAUUUAUUUCAAGCAUUUUUAACUGUGUAUACAGCGUGAAUAAAUAAUAUUACUUCCAGAGAAUUUAUCCAUUUGAUAUUUAAUUGUACUUUCGAAAGCGAGAAUUAAGGAUAAUAUAUGAUAACGGACAGAGAAAUAGAUUCAAUUAAAAAUAUCUUCACUAGUGGCAAAUCCGAUCUUAUCAGCGUUAAAUGUCAAAUGGACAAUAUAAUCACGGAUUAAAAUCGUAUUAAAUAAAUAAUCGUACAUACACUGUAAUGAAAUACUAUUUAAUGUAGCGAGAACUCGAUUGAGGUGAUUGUUAAUUUGUAAUAACUAUUACAAUGCGAUCAAACGUGGACAACAAAUAAAGAUAUAACACAUUUGUCUGAGA